CAGUUUGAUGUAUUCUGCUAUUCCUGCUUCAGGCUUAUAAUGGAGAUGAUUACAAUGGCGCUAGGAUUGUUAGUAGAGCUUAUGAACUUCGAGAUGCAGUGCAAGGGAUGCUAUCACAGAUGGACCCUGCGCUGGUUGCAUACUGUGACAAGAUUGCUGCUCAAGGUGGUCCUGUGCAUACGCUAGAUGAUUUGGGUGGGUCUACUUUCCCAUCUACCCCUGUGGUGCAACUGGGAACUACUACUACCAGAGCAAGUGCUCGACUUCGUAAUGUCCAGCCAGAGGUUAAUCUGGAUCAAAGCUAUGAGGCACUGAAAAGGCCAAAGAAGAAUGCCGAUGCUGCACAUGCAGAAUCAGGUUCAAUUGCAGAAGAUAAGUCACGGUAUCAAGAUUCAGUUGUGGCAAAGUCAUCCCAGGAACAGGAGACAAAUGACACAAAUCCAGAAAGGCCAGAAACGUCUUGCGGUGAUGGUGAUGGUGAUCGGCCCGAAACUUGUGGAGAGCCUUCUGGUCAUGCUGAUGGGAGUGGACCCGAAGAUGUUACCAUGUGUGAUAUUGACAUUUCAGGCCAAACAGAGUCUGUCAGGCGGCUUUUUGUGGAGCGUACUGCAACCUACAACAUUCCGCAGCUUGAAAGGCUUUACACACGUAUAAUGAAGGGCGUUUUUGAAACGAAAGACAAAGUAAAAGAUGAUCUUAGGCCUUCAAUUUUGACGUAUUUGGAGAAAUUUGCCGAGGAUGAGGCUAAUUUCUGAUUCAAUGACCUUUUUGCUUUAACAGAACAAAAAAAUUCCAAAAAAAAAAAAAAAAGGGGGUUAGCCGUCAAUGUAAAGUCGGGAUUUUCUUUUCAAUGCUGAAGUAUUGAGUGAAAGCAAUCUCUCCUCUCUCUCUCUCUCUAUCUCUCUCUCUCUCAAUUUUCUUUUCAAUGCGGAAGUAUUGAACAUCCUUCAACUAAGCUUAAGAAUCUGUUGGAUGAUUUUAAUUACUUACAUGAUGUUCAAAGGAGAUAUUGAACA